GUAUGCACUAGGUGGCAGUAUAGCCUGUCCUGUGUUACGCUAUGAGUUGGUACAUGAACACGCAUGCACAAUGUUUGAACGGACCAAGAUGUUCCAGCUACAAAAACGGCUUGCAGCUCACAGAAGCUAGCAGCACAGAUGUUAAUGCGUGAUGAAUAACAGAAGGCAGAAAAUUGCAAGGAAUAAAAGAGACAAUUUAUUUUUUUGUUUCGUGCCAGUCUUAUGUUCUACACUCCAAUCCAGUUGGUGGCGUUACUGCGCCUUCCAAACUGACUUGCCAACGGCCAUUAAAGCCGAAGAAGAAGCCGAAGAAGAAGACGAAGAAGCGGCAGCAGCACCACCACCACCACCAAACCACAAGUAGAAGAAGCAGCAGCAGCAGCGGGAGGACUGCUGGAGGUCCAGGCAGCGACAUGUCUGCUCUCAGGCCACCCGGAAGUCAGCGGCCUGCUGCUCACCGAGCUCAACCUGAAGAGCCGGCGGAGGGCCAGAGGAGCCGGCGGCCUACUCAGCCUCCACAGCGGGUUGAUGUCAGUCUAACCCAAAUUGGACCUCCCAGACAUCCCAUAUGGCUCCAUGGGGAUGACCCCACCACUAGAGAGCCCCAGCUGGAUGACUGUGAGCGGAUGGGGACUCUGUUUGGGAUGCUCAACAAGGGUCUGCGAGGAAUGGGCUUCAGCCAGAUGUACUUUGGGGACAAGAUAGUUGAGCCAGUAGUGAUUGUCUUCUUCUGGUUGCUGCUCUGGUUCUUGGGCAUCCAGGCCUUGGGACUGGUGGGAACUCUGUGCAUCAUUAUCAUCUACAUCCAGAAGUAAAAUGCUGAUGACCAGUGUGGAGCCUGCUGCUUGGUCAGUGCUUACACGUGUGGGAAUCAUUUUAUGCUAAUUACUCUUUCGUUUGGAAUCGGCUGCAGAUCAGUGUUUGGGGGACAACUAGGGAGACGUCUGAACCUGUGUAGUGACGGUGUUUUAUGGAGACUCGGUAGAGAAAACUGGGAAGGGUUUUUUUUUUUUUUUUUUAAACCACAGGAUUGUCUGAUGUAGAGCUUCGUUAGCCUCCGGAGCAAUGUCCUGCCUCUGCUGCUGUGGUCAUGUUCUAACGGUGUUGACAAGCUCAUUUGAAGCAACAGAAAGGUACAGUGAGAAAUGGUUUGUUUCUGGUAGAGUCAGAAGCUACAAAGCGAAGGCCGGGAGACCCAGCACUCAGGAAACAGAACUGCACACACCUCUCUGUGGAGUGAUUGACUUGGAAAAAUGUGAGCUAAUUAAUCAUAAGAAACUGACAGUAAAGUUGAAUUGCAGUAUGUGUUCUUGUACAACCUUUGACUGUAAAAUGUUUACUUUUAUGAUGCAAAGUAGGGAUGCACAAAAUGUUCUGAUAAAUGGCCACACAUGUAAACAAAGUGGUUAUUUCAUGCCACGUUUGGUGGAACGACAAAACUAACCUUCAACAAUGGAUGCAGCAACUGUUUUGUCUUCCAGUUAGCCUCUGCUUGUGUUUCAGAGCUAUAUGGAACGUUAGCAGUGGCACUGCUACAGACAGUGAGCGUACUGAUAAAACAGUCAUAGGCUCAUUCAAGAUGAACUGUGCCUUGCCUGGAAAGUAGAGCAGAGCGAGCAGGGGCAGCCGGCGGCAGAGUUCAACAAGACAGGCGGUUUCAACAGCCUUCAGUCUCCACAGGACUUUACAGAAACACAAAUGUAUUCAAAUGUUAUCAGAUGCAUGCAUAUAUGCAGUCCCCAGUAAUUUCAGUUACGACAGAGGAGUCUGUAAAAAUGCUGCACGGACCAUCUGUGAUCUCUGUUAAUUGUUGUGUUGACCUUUGUCUUUCAUGAACUGAUGGAAUCGGCCUCAUCAGUUUGCUGCUCAUAUCAAUCAGCUGAGCUCCACCGUCCUUCUCAAAUUAGACUCCAUAAAUACAUUGAAAAUAAUAUUUAAUUGUCAGUACAGUAAAAAGAAAUGCAAGAUAACAUUUCAUUAUUGAUCUGUCAGAUAAUCAAACUGUCAGGGCUUUACAUAUGUAUACGCUACUUUCAGAUUUUUUUCAAGAGCCCUCUUUAGAUCACCAAAGCCUGUCGGAUUCCUCAUCUGGGGAAGAUGAAAUUAAAGAAAAACUUGACAUUUUACAGAUAUGCCAGAAUGCACAGAAUGUUUGUCAUGAUUAUUCUCCCAAAACUGACAAGUCGUUGCACAUAAAUAUAUUUCUUAGGAUAAGUGGCAGAUAAGGCAGGAUGAAGGGAAACAAGACAAAAAAAAAAUUGGAACUAGAGAAUAUCUGGUUUUCAAUUAUCAAAAGGUAGAUUUUUGCUUGCGUUGUCCUUUUUUCCGGUUAUUGUUCUAGUCUCAGGUAGUUUUUACAGUUAAACUUAUUUGUUCCUCUUUUAUUGUACAUAUUGCUGUUCGGUUUUUUAAAAAUCUACACACAUGAACUGAAUGUAGUCAUCACACUGAUUUGAACGUUUACAGAAGUUUUCCAGGGGCCACAUCACCACUGAUGGUGAUGUAUAUAACUCCAGAUUUACAGUAGCUGUGCUACAUUUGAUCUUGUUUUAAGAGACAUUAUUCAGUUAUUUUAAACAUAAGUUGUUUAGAGGGCAUUUGCACUCAAUUUAAUUAACAUUGACAAUCCAAUCUACAUUUGUUGCAAUGUGUAUGAUUUUAAAAAACAAAACCAGUGCUCUAAAAAUAUUCUUUGUCUCUGAGUUCUACAGCACUGUCUGCAGAAAGUAUAGACAAUCAUAUUUUGUAUUUUAUUUGUGGGAAAGUCAUGUAAGAUUAAUAUUGUUAGUCUUCCUGUUCUUGUAGCAUUGCUGUGAUUUGAAGACCCGACCAGUGAUUGUAAUGUUGUUUUGCAUCUAAGAAUUAUCACAAGCCUCUCAUCACUUUAAACCAUUUUCCAAUUCAGUAUGGGAUGUUUUGGAUUUGUCAGGGUGGAUAAACCAUGAAACCUA